AUGGCGUCUGAGAAGCAGUAUGGCACUACGCCUCCCAUCUCCGUCACCCUCCCAACGGAAGGCGAGAAGCAAUCUACAGAGUCUCUCUUCCGUGAGCUGAAAGCUCAAGGGACUUUCGAGCAUGCUACUGAGACCCAGAAGAGAGAGAAGGUGCUAGCAUCGAUUCAAGCCAUCGCAGAUGUUUUCGUCAAGAAGGUCGCAAAGGAGAGGGAGCCGGAGAAUGCCCUUCUGGCGAGGGAUGCGCGAGGUCAUGUCUUCACAUAUGGUAGCUACCGGCUAGGCGUCUACGGCCCCGGUUCCGAUAUCGACACACUCGUCGUUGCGCCGCGAUAUGUUACCCGCGAGGACUUCUUCAAACACUUCCCUGGCCUGCUGAAGGAGAUGACGCCACCUGGAUCUAUCGAGGACUUGGCUGCGGUCACCGACGCAUUCGUCCCCAUCAUCAAAUUCGAGUACUCCGGUAUCAGCAUCGAUUUGAUCUUCUCCAGAAUAGCUACCCUCAAGCAAUUGCCCCCGAGAGACAAGUUCAACCUCCUCGACAACAACCUCCUACGAGGACUCGAUGAAGCAGAACUACGUUCUUUGAACGGCACAAGAGUGACUGACGAAAUCCUCGAGCUCGUUCCGGAGAAGACAUCUUUUCGCUUGGCUCUGCGCGCCAUCAAGCUCUGGGCACAGCGACGUGCUAUAUACGCCAACAUCAUGGGUUAUCCAGGAGGAGUGGCAUGGGCAAUGCUUGUUGCAAGAAUAUCCCAACUCUACCCCAAGGCAACGGGCGCUGUCAUUGUCAACAAGUUCUUCAACAUCAUGCGACGCUGGCCGUGGCCACAGCCGGUCCUCCUGAAGCACAUCGAGGAUGGCCCCUUACAAGUCCGCGUUUGGAAUCCCAAGAUCUACAAGGGAGAUACUUUCCAUCUAAUGCCCAUCAUCACACCAGCAUAUCCAUCCAUGUGUGCCACAUUCAAUGUCACCAAGUCUGCCAUGGCUGUCAUUCAGAAAGAGCUCGACACAUUUGCAGAAGUAACCGACCAGAUCAUGUUGGGUAAGAGACCCUGGAAAGAUUUGUUCGUAAAGCAUACCUUCUUCACCUCGGGUUUCAAGUACUACAUCGCAGUGAUAUCAGCCAGCAAGACGAAAGAGGCACACAAGCUCUGGUCCGGUUUUGUCGAGUCAAAGAUCCGACUCCUAGUCCAGGGCAUAGAACGCCAUCCUUCCAUUGCGCUUGCGCGACCGUUCAACAAAGGCUAUGAACGCACGCAUCGCUGCAAGACCGGCGCCGAAGUCAACAAGGUCCAGGACGGUGAUCUCUCUUUCGUACUGAAGGAAGCAGAAAUUGUCGAACAGAAAGCUACGACCGAGGUCGCAGGCGUCGAAGUAGCUGGCACAGAAGUGAAGGCCGCAGACGGUAAUGGAGAGGAGGCGGCAAAGCCUAACGGUACUGAAACAGAGACCAAGGAAGAGACAAUCGACGUCUACACGACCACACAUUACAUCGGACUAGAGCUCUACGAAGGCGCCAAAUCUCUCGAUCUAUCGUACCAAGUCAAUGAGUUUAAGGAUCUCUGUCACAACUGGGACAAGUAUAAGGACGAGUUGAACGAACACUGCUCCCUCAGUAUCCAACAUGUCCGCAACAUCAACCUGCCCGACGACGUAUUCGAAGCUGGCGAAGUGAAGCCAACAAAACCGAUCAAGAAGAAGGUCCCGGCCACCAACGGCGCGGCUAAGAAGCGCGGUGCCUCUGAACGUCAGCGAAACGCCAACAAACAUCAGCUGUUGCGGCUGGCUGAACACGGCCGCGAGCUGCGUUAA